CCCAUCUCUCAAUUCCCACAUAACAAAUUUGAUUUUAUGUUUUUUUUUUUUUCUGUAUUUUCAUGAUUAAUUUAAUUGGAUUCUGAAAAUCUCCUUACUAUAUAGACCCUUCUUGCCUUCAUGUUAUUGCAUUAUCAAACUCACUUACAACCUUUCAACUUUCUACCUUCCAAAUUUUCUUUCCUUUCUCCAACAUUUUCCAUUUUCUCAUCAAUGGAAAGAAACCAACAGCUUCGUAGACAACUUGCUGCCAUGAGGCAGUCCCUCUUUGAUCAGGGAUACCUUGAUGAACAAUUCAUCCAGCUGGAGGAGCUUCAAGAUGAAGCUAACCCUAAUUUUGUAGAGGAAGUUGUUACAUUAUACUACCGAGAUUCAGCGAGGCUAAUCACUAACAUAGACCAGGGACUCGAGAAAAGCCCUCUUGAUUUUAACAAGUUGGAUGGAUAUAUGCAUCAGUUCAAGGGAAGCAGCUCAAGCAUUGGAGCCAGAAAGGUCAAAGCUGAGAGCACAGAGUUCAGAGAAUAUUGUAAGGCAGGAAAUGGAGAAGGAUGUGUAAGGACUUUCCAACAACUGAAGAAGGAAUAUGCAACAUUGAAGAAGAAACUUGAAGCCUAUUUUCAGCUGGCAAGACAAGCUGGGCCCAUAGAGUCUGCUUGUCGUCGCAAAUAAUUGCUUGCAAGUGAAUAAAUGGAAAAUGUGGAGCCAAAAUGUGAGAAAUGCUGGUGGUGUAUGUAAAAAAGAGAAAAAGAAAAAGUAAAAGUGAAGGGCGUUUUGGCUGAGUUGAUGAGUAAAGUUAAUAGUAUAUGUAUUAAAUUUGGCUUUUCUCUGUAUAUAUAUAUGGCUUCUCAGUUUAUAAGAAACAUUAAAAUAUAGCAUUUCUCUGUU